GGAAUUUGGCGGAGGAGGAGGAGGUGGGCGAAAACACACCCCCACACCACCAAACCAAGGACCACCACCACCACCGCAAGGCCAACAGAGCGCAGCGCAACAGACGGACAAGACAAAGGGGAAGCAAAGGGAGGAUUGUCUGCUUCCCCCUUCUUCUUCUUCUCUUCUUCUCCUCUUUCUUCUUCUCUUCUCUGCCGCUUCUCCUUCACCCACGCACAUCCUCUUUUACCCAUCAACUGUGCAUGCUUGUGCAGCCAUGAUUCGGGUGCGUGUGCUUGACUUUGGUGGCAGGCCUGGUGGGGAAUCGUCCACCGACGCAGAGCAGCAACAACAACAGCAACAGCAACAACAGCAACAACAGCAGCAGCAGCAACAGGACCAAGGCCGGCCAAGGCAGGUGCGAACACGUGUAGAAGUGGGAGGAAGGAAUCAACAACUGCAACAGCAGCAGGACUUGAAAGGUGCCACCACCAUCAACGCUAAUGAUGCUGCAGCAACAGGCAGUGCGACCGCAACUGCCCGCAAGUCGGCUUCCACUGGCCGCCGGCGCAGCCUCCCACCUCAACCCGCAACACCACCCACCACAAAACGACCACAACAGCAACACCAACAACAACAGCAGCAACAACACCAACAACAACAGCAGCAACAACAGCAGCAACAACAGCAGCAACAACAGCAGCAACAACAUCAUCACCACCAAACAGACACGCCACUCUGGCAGCUGCUCACGCGCGAUCCUCCACAAGGGUGGCCGCUCUACACAGCACGGGAACGCCAGCAAGCCGUGGCCUCGGCGCUGCUCGAUGUCUUCCAGCCAGCUCACGCUGCCAUCGCCGAUGCUGCUGGCUUCUCAACGCCCACGCCUGGUAUGCCGUCGUUCAUCCGCGCACAGGGUGUCCGCGGCCGUGUGGUCGCUGUCGAGGCCAAGGGAGGCGUGGACGCCCACGCCAUCGUCGCAUCCUGGCUCAGCGCAACCGCUUCCACACCUGCGCAGCAAUCGCACCAACCAGCAGAACAGCAGCAUCAGCGGCACUCGCCUCGUGUCGUGUACUACGACGCUGGCCGGUGUCAUGUGUGCAGCCACUUGAAGACGCUGCUGCUGUGCCUCGCAUAUCAGCUGGACGCAAGCUCCAACAUGCGUGAAUUGUGCCACCUCAACACAGCGUCUCUCAGCUCCCAUGUCACCCGCCUGAUAGGCAGCAGCGGCAGUGGCAGUGGCAGUGACUCAAGAAGCAACGGCAGCCAGGGCUACAACGGCUACAGCGGGCACGAGAGAGAGCCCAGCGCCAGCGUGAAUGCGAACAGCAUGGGCAGCAGUGCCGAUGCCAGCGCAUCGUCACGCCCCCUCAUCAUCGCCAUCUGCAAUGUGGAUCACGUGUGCGCCUCGGAACCAUUGGCAUCGUCGUUCACGUGGCUGCCGCCCGCGAGUGUACUUGACGAGGCCAACGCCACGCUCAUUGUCACACUCGACUCUGCAUCCAAGGGCUGCAGCAAGGCGUUUCGGCGUCGCUACCCAGCCGCGCACCGCUACAAGCACGCGGGUGCCAGCACGCAAGCAGCGGCAGGCGCGCUUGCUGACAUGAUGCAAGCGCUGGACGGCGCACACCGCCAGGCCGCUGAUAUUGCAUGCAGCUUUGCUCCAACCAAGGAGCGGUACUUUGGGCGGCUGCUGUCUCGGACGGUGUAUGCGGCAACACACACCGCCCACCUCUCCUUGCUCGCAGCAACCGUGUCCUAUCUGCACUGGUGCGGUGCUGACGCAACCCGCGCAUGCACCCGACUCAACGCAGCAUCAACCUUGCAUCAGCUGCAGCUCCUCUCCCUCCUGUGUGUCAUCUCCCCAGUAGCAGUGAUGCAAGCACACGCGAGUGGCAAUGGUGGUAUGCGUGGUGCUGUGAGCAGCAUCAGCAUAAGCGGUGGCGGUGACAGUGCAAGUCAUCGCAGCAGCGGCAGCGGUGAUGUUGAUCCUCUCGUGCUCUUGAAUGCGGCAGAUGCUGGCGAGGUCGACGCAGACAGAUGGGUGGCCAAACGCGUGCUGUGUCUUGUCGCGCUCUCGCGGACCGGACUGACGUGGGCGGAUCUCGCUCGUCUCGUCGGAUCCUCCAUCCACCACCUCCACCAAGAGGUGUAUCCACACAUUGCACGCUUCCUGCGCGGCGAGCCAAUGCCACUGUCAUCACCAGACCAGCACCAACAACAACAACAACAACAACAACAACAACAACAACAACCACCAACAUCUUCCUCCGCCCACUCGUUUCUGGUGCAGCUGUGUGACCCGACGCUCUUGUCAGCAAUCGAUGCGCUCUGGCUCUCGGCUCCAUCCGCCACGGCUUGGGGUGCACAACACGACGAUGCAGCAACACAGACGCCGCCCCCAUCCAUCACGUUCCACUCGCCAUCCACAUCACUGGCACCGCAUGCAUCUCGUCGCAUGUCCUUCCACCGCUUGCACGCUCGAAGAGACACAUCAUCAUCAUCAUCAUCUUCAUCAUCAUCGUCGUCGUCGUCGUCGUCGGGUGGCGUGAGUGCUGCCUCGCUCGUGUCGAGUCAAGUGCUGCGCGUGUGUGAGAUACGAACGCGGCCGUGCGACAGCGGCGGCACUGGUGGCAGCGACGAUGAGAUGAUGACAGUGCGCAUGUGUCUUCGUCGCGACCUCUGGAGGCACUUCCUGUCUACUGCGUCGCGCGCGAGUGAAGCGCAUGGGCGGUGCAAGAUGGAGCUCGCUGAUCUUCCCCCACGCAUCGCACACGCAACCGCCAUUGACACGUCCCCUGAACACAUCACCGACGCUCUUAUUCUUGCCGCCAGCCCCCACAUCACAGGACCAACGCUCAAGCUGGACGGGAUCACGUUCACACCGCAGCUGAUGGACGAGUUGUGUCUUGCACUUCGAUGUAACACCACUCUGCAGGAACUCAGUCUCAACAACACGAACAUGACUGACACCUCAUUGGAGAAGUUGCAGUCGGCGUUGCAAGGCCACGAUCAACUUCAGACCCUCAGCUUGGCAGACAACACCAUAUCCACAGACGCAACGCUCAGCCUCGCAUCUUCUCUCCCGCCCAACGUUCAGGUGCUUGGGCUGCCAGGGUGGUCUGCUGUGCGCGUGAUUCCAAACGUGCGCGCUGGGCGGGCGACGGAAAUCCGUUUUGGAAAAGGACAAAAGAUCCCACAAAACGCAAUGACGCGCAUCAUCGACAGCAUCGCAGGCAACCGCAGCUUACGCAAAAUCUGCAUCACACAUCAAGACUUGACAGAUGCGCUUGCUGUGAAACUUCUGCGAAACUGCAGCAACCUCAACCUCCUCAGCCAAAUUGAUCUGUCCAACAACCAGCUGACGAACGAGACGGUGUUCGUGCUCUGCGAAGUCUUCAAGGACCACCCGCGCCUCCGCGUCGUAAAUUUGGCCCACAACAAGCUCCGUGAUGACAGCGGCCGCGCUCUUGGAUCUCUCAUCCGCUCGUCAACGCCAAUCCAGACCCUCGACCUGACGCACAAUUUGCUGCAGGACAAAGGCUCGCGUGGUCUGGGCGAAGCGCUCAAAGUCAACAGAUCCCUCGAAACGCUUAGUCUGGCCCAGAACAAGUACAUCACAUACAUGGGGAUUCGGUUCUUGGCGGAGGGCCUGAGAGAAAACAAAGCUCUCAAGUCAUUCAGCUUCAAGGACAACAUAGGCACUGGGGAUCAGGGCGCGUUCAUCUUGGCCGAAGCGCUCAACAUCAACAGGACACUUGAGGAGCUCAACACCUUGCUCUCGGUUGGUUGUGCGUAG